CGACGAUCAUCCCACUUUUUUUUGAGCUUUUGCUGGCCUUGCUGCUGGACGAACGUUGUUUUUGGGACAAGAACCACCGAGGGGAUUCCGUCUCCUUUCCUCGCCACCUUGUCGUUUGCGCCAUUGUGGGAUAAGCAGUGCCUUAACGGAGAUAAUCCAAAAAAGGAUUCGAUCGACUUGCAUCGUGCGUUCACAAACCCUUUGCAAAAACAACACUUUUUGGAACGUAUGCACAGGUUGCGGGAGAACGGAACUCUUGCCUCCAUAAAGCCUAGCCCCUCGUUGUAUCCCCUCCCCCCUUUUUACUUGCAGCCAACGUCCAUAUAAAGUCACGCACGCAUAUUUCAACUAGACCCUCGGUACCACACUUAACCUAUAGACGCAUUCCGCACCUCGCUCCAAUACUGUCCAACUCUAUACACUACUUUUACAACAUGCUAAGUGGAAUGCCGCCGACAAGAGCCCAGAAUGUGGGAAUUCACGCUGUAGACAUUUAUUUUCCAAGAAAGUACGUAGACCAAGUAGAGUUGGAAAAGCACGAUGGUGUUUCGCAAGGAAAGUACACUAUCGGUCUCGGCCAAUCAAAGAUGGGAAUUUGCGACGACCGGGAGGAUAUCAACUCGAUAUGCUUAACGGUCGUAAAGUCGCUCUUGGAAAAGUACGGAAUUGCAUACAAUGACAUUGGUCGCCUCGAAGUCGGUACAGAGACGAUCAUUGACAAGUCAAAGUCCGUUAAAUCGGUUCUUAUGCAGCUCUUUGCCGAUUCUGGUAAUACGGACAUUGAAGGCAUUGACACGACAAAUGCCUGUUACGGAGGUACAAAUGCUGUCUUCAACUCUGUCAACUGGAUCGAGUCAUCCGCAUGGGACGGACGCUAUGCUCUGGUUGUUGCUGCAGACAUUGCUGUAUAUAAGAGCGGAGCGGCACGACCUACCGGCGGAGCUGGUGCCGUUGCCCUACUGAUCGGUGCCGACGCACCACUUGUGUUUGAUGCUGGCGUCCGUGCCACUCACAUGGAGCAUGUCUACGACUUUUACAAGCCAGACCUGCACUCUGAAUACCCCGAGGUGGAUGGUCCUCUCAGCAACUCCUGCUACAUCAAAGCUGUCGACGUGACAUACAACCGCUACCUUGACAAACUGUCGCGACAAGAAGGCGUCGAGAAUCCGACAAUGGACAGCGUUGACUACUUUGUCUUCCACUGUCCUUAUGCAAAAUUGGUGGCAAAAUCUGUUGGUCGUCUUGGGUUCAACGACUUUUUGCGGAAUCCCGAUGACGAACGUUUCGCUGCUUUUGCUCAGUUCAAGGACUUGAAGCGUGAAAAUACUUAUACCAACCGAGAGGUAGAGAAGGCAUUUAUGGAAUACACAAAAGAUGCCUUCAAGACAAAGACCCUACCGUCUCUGUUGGUGGCAAAGAACCUUGGUAACAGUUACUGCGCAUCUGUUUACUGCGGUCUGGCCUCCCUCCUUUCCGAGACCCCAUCGAGUCAACUGCAAAACAAGCGCAUCACACUCUUCUCCUACGGCUCUGGUUUGGCAGCAUCCAUGUUCUCCCUCACCGUUCGAGGCGACACAUCUCCAAUCGCCAAAAUCCUCAACUUGUCAUCCCGCCUCGCCGACCGCACUGAAAUCCCACCAGCAGAAUUCGACGCAAUCAUGAACCUUCGCGAACAAACACAUAAUGUCAAGGACUACGACCCAGUCUCACCUGUAGACGAGCGCAACUUUUUCCCUGGUACCUAUUACCUCAAGCGGGUCGACGAAAAGUUUAGGAGAACUUACGAGAGGGUCGCCGCCAAGGGUCCCGUCCGAAGCGUUCUCAAUGGCGUCAAUGGUACAAAUGGUGUGAAUGGUGUCCACAGUGUGAAUGGGGUCAAUGGUGUGAAGGCUUGAGAUUGGAUAUUUAUACUGUGACUGCGUUGAUAUGUCGGGAUAGGGUAGUGCUCUUGUAAACUAUUGAUUUGUUAUCUGGCGUGCCUGUCUUACUGACAGAACUUAUCUAAUACUAUAAUGUGGAAAACACCAGA